AGCAAUUCAGAUCGUUGCAAAACACUAAAUGUCGACCAGGAAUGGAGAUGAGUAUAUAAUCGCUAACGUCUUUACCAUUAUCACAGUCUCGGUUCAACGCUUACCUUUGACACACUUACAAUGAGAGCCUUCAUCGUCCUCGCCCUGAUCGCCGCGGCUUCGGCCGACGUGUCCCACCUGUUCAAACAUGGAGGACAGCACCACCACGCCCCCUCAGGCGGCCCUGACGCCCAGGCCGAGACCAUAUCGCAGGCCAGUGAUGUCAGGCCUGAUGGUUAUGACUCAAGCUACCAGACUAGCAACGGUAUCUCUGCCUCGGAAUCAGGACAGCUGAAGAGCGUUGGACCUCAAGAAGAAGCCAUUGUUGUGAACGGACAAGUCCAGUACACCGCUGAUGACGGCACCCCCAUCCAGCUUACUUACAUCGCUGACGAAAAUGGAUUCCAACCUCAGGGACCUCACCUACCCACCCCUCCCCCGGUGCCAGAAGCCAUCGCUCGUGCGCUCGCGUACAUCGCCGCGCACCCCCCACCACCGGAAUCCGCGCAACCCCAGAGGAGAUUCUAAAUGAUUGAAAUGACUGAAAUGACCGCUGAUAAUGAUGAAAUAAACUAGUUGAUUUUGAUAA